CCUCUGCCUAAUUGCUUAAUUUUAGGGUCCAUUUUCUCUGAAUUCGCACGCUUUCUCAUUGUCUGAAACCUAGAUAUGGCCGAGAAUCUUCGUCCGGCGGUGCCACCGCCGGCUUCGGAUCUCGCAGGGACGGAGGGUUGUGGGAGUGCGGUGACUCGGGCGAGUUCGGACUUAUCCGCUUCCACGGUUGACGGCUCGAAAGCUUGCUUGCGUUCGAAUGGGGAUGCGAGAUCGGGCCAGACAACAGAAUGGACGGAUGAGAAGCACAGUUUAUAUCUUGAUUCUUUGGAAUCUUCAUUUGUUAACCAGUUGCACUCUUCUAUGGGUUUAUUUGGUCGGCGCUCAAAAGUGAAAAUGAUGGAGCUAAAUUCAUUCCAAGAAUUAGCUGUGAACGCCUAUAAUUCUUCUGAUGAGUACACAGUUCUACAAGAUGGCUGCUGGCGGAAGAGAAAUUUUGGAAGGCAUCAACUAUUAUUGGAUGCUGCAGCCGAGUCUCGUGAUAUUCUGGAAAAUCCUUGGAUUUGUCAUUUUAAAUCUGCAGGCCAGCAGCAUGAUGUAACAUCUUCUGAUUUGUGGAACCAGAGUGUGGAUUCUAGCAAGGGAAUCCAUUUAAGAGGGAAGAGGAAGGCCUCCCAUGGCUUAGCAACAAGUUCCAAGCGCCUCUCUGCAUGUCACCCAUGGCUCCAGGAUUCAGUUGGUGGCAUUACAGAGGUUUCAGACCAGAACUUUAUAGAUGAAGAGCAAGAAAACAAGUCAAGCAGGGUGUCCAGGGCAAAAAAGUUGAAGACAAAGGCAGAUACGGUUGAUGCUACAAAUACAGACCAAUGUGUGCCGAGUGGGAAGUUCCUUAUGAAGGGAGAUUCGUCUGUCAGUACUACCAAUCUCCAGAAAGAGAAGAAAGGGCAUGCCAUGAGUGACUAUCAGAAAGGCCUGAGAGUUGUCUCCCCAGAACAUGAUGUUAACACUUCUUUGGAUGAGAGCUGAAUUCCUUCUUGGAACGAAGUUUGGAAAGGUAACCAUGAACUCCAAUACAACCAAAAAAAAAAAAAUGAAGCAGAAAAAAGUAGGGUUUCUAUACUGUCCCUAGUUGAAGAAAAACAAGCAAAGAAACGAGUCCAAUGACAAAUAAAUACAAAAGAAAAGGGCAUUUCACCUUGUGGGGUUCUCACAAAACUGUUUGUGCCAACAAUUCUGGGAGAAGAUUUUGGUGAAAGCCCAUCUUAUAUACUGAAGAUAAGAUCAAAAGGUGGUCAAUCUCGACCUCAUUUUUGUAAGGUGAAUAUAGUCUUGAAUCUUAAUAUGAGUGAGGAUUCUAAGUUUUAAUAGGCAUAUAUAAAUGCAUGUUGGGCAUUGGAACUUUUUAGAUUUGUUCAUUUACUGAAUAGGUCAGCCAUUUUCUUGCUUUCCUUUUUUUUUUUCUUUUUUUUUUUCCCUCUUGUAACAUAGAUGCAUUCUUAAAAUUUCCAUGAAGUCUGAUGGAAUUUCAUUUCAUCUCAUUGCUGAUGAUAUUCAUGUACAGAAAAACAAACUUAAAUACAUGAUACCAUGUGCUUAUUGUUUUCAAUGGGUGAGAUUGCCACUUGA